GACUCUUGGUUAAAAGGCCCAUUUAAGUCUUCUAUCUAAUUAAAAGGGUUUCAAGUUUUUUUUCUUAGUGAAAUGACCCACUUUUUAGAUUAGGUAAAAAACUCUAAUUUAGUUGUGAUUUAGAAUUUAAUUAUUAUGUCAGAUUAGUACCCAUCUUUUAUGAACUACAAAUUGGUCCAAAAUCAAUAAUAAAAAACAAAAACAAGAAAACCCUCCAAAAAUCUCUUUCAACGUCUUUUUUUCGUCUUUCUUCUAUUGUUCUUCUUCCACUCUCAAUCUACCCUCUAUGCAUAUGAUUGUGUGUUAUUGAGGUCCUAAAACUCUUCUCUUUUUGGUGAAGUUGAUUUCAACAAGCUAUAUUUGGAGAAAGAUGGUGUUAAAGUUUUAAAGAAAUAGUCAAGCUCAAUUUAAAUCCGAUUAAAGACUGUUUUGGAGUAGCAUUAGCCUGGGCUUCUGUUAAAACAUUGUAUCAAGACCUCAGUUUGAAGGUAGGUACAAAAUCAUGACAGGAGUUGUCUUACUUGUUGAUUAUUUUGGAAAGUGGGUAGAUGACAAGAAAUCGUGGAGAUGGAAUUCUCAAAAUGAUACAGUUCGAACAAUGCUUGUGAGCAGUGAUGUUACCUUUGAUAAAUUCAUGGAAACUAUCAUUAGAAGAGGUGAAUUGAGUUGCGGACAUGAUCCUGUUUGUGUCAAGUAUAUGACUAAUGCAGGUGCUUUUUCGAGGGAAAAAGCUCCGCCAGUUGAACUAAAGAAUGAUGAAGAUGUCCAAAUUUAUUUGAAUGAUAUAAAUGGUGAAGGUGGCAGGCCAAUGUUACGGGUUUCCUUGAUUGAAAUUUUUUUGGAAAGCGGCUGUGGUUUGAACAACCAGCAAUUUGAGAAUGAAAAUGUCUGCACGCACAAUGAUGAUUUUCAUGGGGGAGGAGAGACAAAUACUUUUAUUGAAACUAAUGAGCGUGUAAUAGAAGAUGUUCUCCCUUGUGAAGUGGAGAAAUUUAUGGAAACUAAUGAGGGUAUAAUAGAAGAUGUUCUCCACGCCAAGUUGAGAAAGAGGUUCCACUGGAUAACGAAGAUGAUGAUGUUCAGUUGCCUGUCCAAAAGCCUCUCCUAG